AUGGCGGAUCAGAUGUCUGCCACCUCAGCAGCACCGCGGACCAGGGCGGACUACUCCUCUCUGGAUUUCGAUGUGGAUGUGGCGUGGUUAUAUAGGGGCAAGAAACGUGGGAAACAGCGAAAGGCCGGAGAAGACGGCACACGCGGACGGGCGUCGUCGGUGUCCAACGCAGAGCUUAGCCGGCAGGCGGAUAGCGGGCAGGCGGGCACGGGCAGCGCGAGCGGCAGCGAGCGGAGCGCACAGAGCGCGGCGACGGAGCCGGCGGCGGUACCGGAGCGGCAAUCGGGGGGUAUCGGGUUCCUGAAGCGCAGCAAUUCGGUGGGUGAGAGACCAAAGAAGUCGCUGUUCGGGUCGCUUUUCAGUCGGCGGCUGGCGUCGUCGUCCGGAGUGCCCUUAUCAGGCCCGCCGCACGGCGCGCGGGCCUCGCAGCGCGGCGACGCCCGUGGCGCGGAGUCGGGGAGGCAAUGCGCGCCUGCGGGAAUUCCGAUCGGGCGCGCCACUGACGGGAUGGCGCGGUACCUCAAUGAGCCGUCGUCUCCGGAGGUACGCGAUGCCGCGCCAAUAAACGACAGGCCGCGGCGGAUGGAACCGGGAGCCUUGCCUGUGCCCUCGCUUCAGCUGCUCUCUGGUGUGCAGCUGCGGCGCGUGGCAUUUGCCGUGGACAAGUUCAGCACGGACCCACCGCAGCAGAUUCCGUCACGGCGGCCUCGCCGGGGCAACGUGUUGAUCCCCGAUGAAAUCCUUGGCGAGGUUCCGACAAUAUCUCAGGGCAUCUCGAAUCCUGAGGGAAUAUGUGGGCAAAAGGAGAGCCAGUUGACCAAGGACUCUAAAGAAUACAAAAUCGCGCUGGAAAACUAUCGGAAGGCGCUGAAGGAGUCGAAGAAGCACCAACAGGAAGCACAUAUGGCAGCUUUACGGACUGCCAAUGAGGUCGCGGCCUUUAAGUACAAGCAAUCGCACUCGCAGAGGGAACUGGUCCCAGAAGCCGCGGUUGACGACCGUGCCAAGCACCUGGAAAUUGACAAGCCUACCCAAGCGAAUGAGACUUCAUUCGACGGGGAGGACACUGAAUGUGGCGAUGAGUCCGGGAAGGAGCUGACGCUGGACCAGAUCUACACGCGCUGCUGUCAUUUGCGCGAAAUCCUACCGAUUCCGUCCACCCUCAAGCAAGUGAAGAACAAAACAGCACCCCUGCAUACGUUAAAGUUUCUGAAUCCAAAGCCGACUCUGAUAGACCUGCUCUCGUUUUGUGACUUCAUUGCAGUUGUGCCUAUCCACAAUGUUGUGUUCGAUAAUGUAAACCUGACUCCAGAGAUGUUUAAGAUAAUGAUCACUUCACUUGUCAAUUCCACUGCAUUGGAGCGACUCUCAAUACGAAACGUGGUUACUGACGCAGAUUGCUGGGCAGCUCUCUGCAAGUUUAUUUUAUCCAAUAGAUCACUUAUAAAGCUCGACAUCUCGCAGACGAAAGUUAGACAGGAUCUGGCACGCACGCUUUACCGCUCCAAUAUGAACUGGCCCUUGUUUAUAGAGGUUUUACAACGCAGGCAACAUGCUCCGUUGGAGGAGCUGCUGUUGAACGGUAUCCAGUUUUUUGACCUUUCCAUCUUCAACGGCUUACUGCAUGCGUUUACUCUUCGGCCGGCAUCCAAAAAGCGACUAGGUGUAGCGCACUCCUUUUUAAAGGAAGAGCAUCUAAAGUUGCUUUUUGACUGGGCUUCUACCUAUAAUGUGCAAGGUAUCGACUUGGCCUUUAACAACCUCACUGAUCUCGUGAAACCCAUGGUAUCUAAAUUAACAACUAUGAACUUUGACCACCUGCAUUAUUUCACCCUUAACAGUACAGCGUUAGGCUUCUGUGAUGCGGCACUUUGCCUGCGAGCAUUAUCCAAGUUGCCAAACCUUUAUUUCUUGGAUUUGAGCAGUUUACCGGCCAUCUUUCCAGAGAUAUUCCCAUUUUUGAAUAAGUAUCUGCCGCGGUUUCCCUUUCUGAAAAGACUGCAUUUGGACAGUAACGACUUUAUGAUGGACCACAUCUCGCUUCUCAGCCAGAUACUUCAAAAAUGUAAGGAGUUAUUGCAUCUUUCUAUGCUAUAUCAACCGGAGUCCUCCUAUGGUAUGAGUGCAUGUGCUGCCCUGUAUGACUUCGUCGCAAACUCGCCAAAGUUGAAGAAUUUGGACGUCGACUAUGAAUACAUCCCUGAGGAAAUCAGCUCGAGAAUAGCAGUUUGUUUGAUCAGGAACGCCCAGAAAUCUCUGAACGAGGACUUCGAGCUAGACGAAUUAACAUCGCAGGAUGACUUGCUCUUUGAUGGUGAACUAAUUACCAAAACUGCAGGCGGUAUACUAUCGAAACUCGGUACUUCGUCCGAGAAAUCCAAUGAUGACUCUUCAAGACGGUAUCUCCUGAAAAAGUAUUGGCAGAAAAUCAAUAGGGUCCACACCAACGUACAGAGUACCAUCGACGACUUGUUCGAAAAGCGAAGCAAAGAUGAACUGACGCUACAGGGGAAGGAGAACCUGCUGAGACUCCUGUUCGUAGAAAAUACCCUUUCGAAGAUAUUAGAGAUACUUGCCGAUAGCCAGGAGGUUGCGAGCCUGCUGGAUGACAAUCCUGAGGGCAUCUCCGCGCCAAACUUGGAAGCUGUCGACUCCUCGACACUUCUGAUGCCUGCCACCCGCCUGGAGGACGGGUAUCUUGAUACGCAAGGGAUCUCCGCCAGCACCCAGGUGGAUAGGCCGCACUUUAUGGCUACAGAUUCGGGGCGUACGAUAGACGUGACCACAGGCCGCCCCGUCGUACUGCGGCAGUCUUCACAGACCUCCAUUGUGUGUAAGAAGCAGGAGGAGGAAGAGGGAGAGCUCCAUAAAUGGGGGUACUUCGUCGCACAGAAACGUUCAGGCCUGCCGCUGCCGCAGUAUGUCUCAGAGCACCCUGCUCAGAGCCAGCCAUCCCAGGCGGACAAUGCGACCGAUAUGCGGGUGAUUAUCUCCAAGAUCCCGUCAGGGGCAGAGUUGAAGGCGGCCAUCAUUAAGGCUAAGGGCAUUGCCUCGAUGGAAGACCUGAUUGACAAUGUGAACCACAACCGUGUCCACCUGGACAACAUAUAUGGCAUACCGUAUAGCACUCGCCCAGUGAGUGCCGACCGUGCGUCGGUGUCCUCACAGAGCAGGAGCGUUUGCACCCCCAACGAGGAGCCAGUCUCGGCGCCGUUGCCCCCCGAUGGUCACGAAGAACUCGAUGAGCACGUCGGCGAAACCUAUGAUAAACUAUUGAAUAACCUCAGCAGAGUCCGUUCGAACAGGUAG